UAUGAGUCCUCUGUAUAUGUAAAUAGAACCAGAACUUUCACCAUCCGGCCGUAAAAAAGUCCUAGCUGGCAACACUUUAUAGACGCUACGGUUGGCAACAGCUACAACGAUUUGUAAACAAACUCGUGGGUUGUUCGGAAAGUGAUGCAAAUCCGCAGGAAACGUCCAAACGACGGUUAUACAAAGAGGAGGAGAAAGAAAAUAGGCAGGAAAGACACGACUUUACAAUAUCGUGCGGCCAGAUUGAGAAAUAAUCUUCGUUGGAAACACCAGAAAGAGAAUUUGGGUGUUAAAAAUCGUGUAAACGGAAGCAAAAAGGAUGAUGAAGAACACGAAAAAGCGAUUCGUAAAGCAUUAAUUCUCAUAGAGUUAAUAUUAAGUGUCCAGGAAUCUCUGAGUGGUGACGAUCACGACGUUCAGAAAGCUGCUCGUAAUUUAGAAGAGUUAUUGCAUCAUCAAUUCAGUUUCUUGUCUCUAGUUUAUGCACCAUUUAUAGUCAAGACAGUUUUCCAAUGUCGAAAAUAUUCUGGGAGCGAAGAAGUGAAGCGUGCCGCUCGAAAAUGUUACGACAAAUUCAGGCGACUCUUCGGGGUACCCUACGGAGAGAAGUUCGAAGACGUCUUUCAGAACGACGUCAGAGAUUUCUGGAAAAAUCAGAACCGCACGUUUGAAUGGGAACACUUUCCCGUUAAUGGAAUUAAUGGGAAAAUUAAACACCAAAAAGAAGGAGAAGCAAAAGAAAUCGACCGUAACGGCGAAGAACGGGAAGGUUUGGACAGGACGCGGUCGGAGUUAGUAAAGCCCGGGGAAGUUACGAACGGUACUGCAUAGGAUGCAGAACGUGGUCUUUUUACACAUUCUUUAUACAAGUGCACUUUUGUUGUCUGUUAUGGUUUGAAAUAUUACAACGAAAGAUCACCGAUACAAUAUCGAUUCGAAGAAAUUAUAACUUUGAAAACUUGAAAUCGUGACUGCAAAAUUAUGUUCCUUUCUUAGACGUGUCUGAAUUUCAGACUAAAGACAAGAUACUAUGUAGCUACUUUGUAAAUUUAAAUAAUUUUUUUUAAAUAUAAGUAUUUAUACAUUAAAAUGUAUUUUAUCAGAUACAGAAUGAAUAAAAUUGUAAACUUCUUAAUUAAAACAGUUUUAAUGACACUUCUGGAAAAGAAAUAUCAUUCACAAUUCAUAUUUAUUAUAAUCUGUGAUAAGUAUGUUUUCACUAUCUGACUUUCGAAUCUGCUAUUUAGAAAAAUUUUAUUCCAAUAUCUCUCUUGAAACUAAAAACAAAUGUCAUUUUCUUUUGAAAUAAAAUCACACUUUCAUACAUUUAAAUUGAAACGGUUGUGGACAGUUUCUACAAAAUAUUUGUUUUCUCAUAAACUGUUUCUUCAGAUCACAAUGAUUACAAACAUGAAUUUUAAUCACUGACUCAUGU